UUUCUAUAUAAAUGAAACAAAGGCACUCUGACACACAACAAGCAAAAUCAAGCGACAAUUCGGCAUAACCUCACAUAACCUGUUCGAAGUUUCAGUUCCUUUGGUAGUUAUUCGUUUUACCUUAUAAGGGGAGAGAAUAAACGUUUCUGAUCAUUGAAAGCUACUGGAACUGAGGUAAAAUAUUUAAAUUGAAACGAUGUCCGAUCCUCGUAUAAGAACUCUAAAGAUUAAGACUGGAGUAGUGAAACGUCUCGCGAAAGAAAAAGUCACUUACGAAAAAGAGGCAGCACAGCAACGCGAAAGGAUACAGAAACUAAAGGAACAGGAUAAAGAUGGUUACGAUAUAAAGAAGCAAGAAGAAGUGCUGCAAGAGUCUUUGAUGAUGGUACCAGAUUGCCAGCGGCGUCUUGUAAAAGCCUACGCAGAAUUGAAAAAUAUCUUGGAAACGGAGCAAGAUUUAAAAGAAGUUGAGGACUACAUCGAAGCAGAAAAAGUAUUGCAAGAAGCAGUGGCUCAACUUCCCAAAGAAGAAGAAAUCAUGGACAUGUGUUAAAACUAUUAAUUGUAUGAAAGUUCUGUCGAAAACUAAAAGAACUAUAUUUUCAUUUACCAUAGGAUUUUUAAGCAAAGUAAUCGUUUAAUUCAUAAAAGCGUGAUACUAUUAAGACAUUUUAUAUUUAAUAAAAUUAAAUAUUAUC